UAAAAGUUCAACCAAAAAAAAAAAAAAAGCAGCAAUACGCAUAAAGGGAAAUGUUUUCAUAAAUGAAGUGGGCAAUGGGGUCUUCUUCUUCAACAUUUCUUCUGUUUCUUUAUUCUUUUCUUCUUUCCCUUGCUACUCUUACCCUUUCGCAGCUUCAUGAUGUUUACUUUGAGCGUAACUGUAGUGAUACCAAUGGCAAUUUCACCCCAAACAGCGCUUACCAGACCAACCUCAAUGCCAUCAUCUCUCAACUCCCCACCCUUGCACAUUUCAAUUACGGCUUCUUCAAUCUGUCUGCCGGUGGAAGCCCCGACAAAGUUUACUCAAGCGCACUUUGCAGGAGUGACUUAACUCAAGAUCGUUGCUAUAGUUGCCUCAACUACACCGCGACCGAGCUCGAGCGAUUGUGUCCCCGGAUCAAGACCGCCAUCGCUUGGUCCGAGCUUUGUUUGGUGCGAUUAUACACUUUGGAUGAAUGGUAGUGGGUUAAGAUAUUUAAGUUAUAAAUGUGUUUAUGGGCUGGUCAGGUCAAGUUUGGGCGUUUAUGUUUGUCCAAGGUUCUUAGCUCAGUUUAAUC